ACAUUACUACUGCGCAGUGCUCGAUGUCCAGGCUCGGAAGUAGAAAGUGACAGUGUGACUGCGCUUCAUGAAUCUAUGUAGUUUUAUAUAGAUAUAUAAUAUAUAACAGCGUCACCAGACCAGAGACAGACAGCUCAGCUCAGCUCAGCUCAGCUCAGCUCGUAAACAUGAUUUGGUUUGACGGCUCGAUCCCUGACGCCAUUAACGAGGCCAAACAGCGGAGCUCCGUGUUUGUCGUUGUCAUCACAGGGGAAGAUGACCAGUCAGCACAGCUGAUGUCCAGCUGGGAGGAUGACAGAGUCUCAGAGGCAGCACACAACUGUUGUGUGGCCAUCAAAGUCGAUGCCAAGAGCGAGCCAUGUGUGCAGUUCUCUCAGAUCUAUCCAGUGGUGUGCAUACCCUCAAGCUUCUUUAUCGGGGAGAAUGGGAUCCCUCUGGAGGUCAUCGCUGGCAGUGUGUCUGCUGAAGAUCUGACGACAAGAAUCAUCAGAGUUAAGCAGAUGCAUGCUCAGCAGAUUGGAGGUGGGACAGUGUUACCAGACGCCAGUGGUCCUGUGGAGACCAGCCCACUUGAUAGCACAGCUCCAGCCUCAGCUCCAGCAGGGCCCGUCACGUCAGCAGCAGCCACAGAACUAGCAGCAGUACCAGGAACAGCGUCCCUCUCGAGCACAGUACAUGAUAGCAGCCUUCCAGCCACAGAGACUCUCGCAGAGAGUGCAUCUUCAGAUGCAACUCAGAGUGAAGAAAACCUGGAUGCCAAGGUGGAAAGGUUAACAAAGAAACUGGAGGAGAGACGAGAGCAAAAGAAGAAAGGAGAAGAAGAGACUGAGAUCAAGAAGGAAAUGGACCGGCGGAAGAUUGGGAAGGAUGUGGGGGACUUAAAGAGGAAACAGGAAGAUGACAAGACCAAGCGACUCAUGGAGGAAAGGAACAGGGAGAAGGCUGAAGAGAAGGCUGCCAGGGACCGGGUCAAAGCGCAGAUUGCCUUGGACCGAGCUGACAGAGCAGCUCGCUAUGCCAAAAACCAGGAGGACGAUAAGACUGCCAAGCAGGCCCUACUGCAGGCCAGACAGGCAGAGCAGGACGCCAGGAAGGAGGCGUUGGUCAGGGAGAGGAGCACCAUAGCGAGGAUACAGUUCCGCCUCCCAGACGGCUCCUCCUUCACCAACCAGUUCCCCUCACAGAGCAGACUGCAGGAGGCUCGCCAAUUUGCUGUUCAGGAAGUGGGAAACCGCUAUGGUAACUUCUCCCUGGCGACCAUGUUCCCUCGACGGGAGUUCACCAGUGAAGACAUGGACAAGACUCUGCUGGAGCUGGAACUGGUUCCGAGUGCCUCCAUCGUGCUUCUGCCGCAGUCCAGCAGGCCCGCUAACUCAGUGGUCCAGUCCUCUGAAGGUGGGAUCUGGGCAGUUCUGGGCACAAUCCUCUACCCUCUGCUGGCUGUGUGGAGAUUCCUCAGCUCCUUCCUGUUUGUAACCCCGCCCCCUCCCGGAGCAGCAUCCAGAGGCCCCGGCCACCAGCCCAACUCUUACACAAACUCAGCAUCAGCCUCCGACAAAACAAAGAGAGAAAGUCUCACCAAGCACACUCUGGAGAAGAGAACCAAGGACUUCAAGAAGGACGGGAAAAUCUGCCGGCUCAGGACUCAGGAAGACAGCGAGGACGACAACAACACCUGGAACGGGAACUCCACCCAGCAGAUGUAGCGCAGUGACGGCAGCUCUCCCCCGUCCUCUCGCUCUCCUGGUGUGAUUAGUUCAGUCUGACCGGUUGAAGUUUUCUGCUGCACUUACUGUAGGGCUGAAUCCUUUUUGUUCUCUUCUUCUCUUACUGUGCUCCAGGCCUGCGCCCCUGCACCUCGCCUGCAUGGGUACAUCAAUAAUAAUCAACAGAACCUCCUUUGGGCUUAAGCUGAGUGUUUUUUGUGUUGAUUAUGACACGAUUCUGUCUCCAACCCCAGGCUCAGGCUACACCAGCAAUCCUCUCAUGUUUCAUCAUUGUCAGAUCCAGCAGUCAGGUUUAAACUGACCUGCUGCCACCAAAUAUAUAACAAUAAACCGCUGAUCUGACCUGAGGCCUGUACUACCAAGCCAGUUCAACAUACCCAGGGUAUCUUCUCGUUAUCUGGCUUCACUAACCCUAACAAACGAAAUCACGCUAAGCGGU